ACCACGAGUGCAAUAACAAAUUAGCCGUCGAACAGAACACAACACAGCAGCCGCAAACGUCGCAAUGACAGCGGCCAAAAGCAAAUCAAUCGCCAGACUGGGGGCCAGCUACGUUGGCCAACUGCGCGGCCAGUUGCAUCUAUUGACGGGCUUCAUAUCGGGAUUUGUAUGCGCCUUCGUCCUGCUCCUCUACAUCUAUGAUAUGCAGAAUGAGGUCAACUGUUGGUCCAGCAGCAGUAGCAUGAUCAGCACGACAGCAACGCAGGGAUUGGCGAUGCAAACGGAUUGGGAGUUGGCGUCGGUGCGGGUGCUAUGCAUGGUGUUGACCUGUCCGGAUUAUGUUGAGCGCUAUGCACAGCAUGUGCAUGCCACAUGGGGCAAGCGCUGCAGCAAACUGGUGUUUGUCAGCAGCGAGAACUAUGAACCGCUCGGCGUGGUUCAAGUGGUGCAACCCAAUGGCGGCAACUAUGAGGAUCUGUGGAACAAAACGCGCGAGGGUUUUCGUCAUGUGUGGCACACAUAUGGCGAGCAAUUCGAUUGGUUUCUCAAGGCCGACGAUGACACCUAUGUCAUCAUGGAGAAUCUGCGGCACAUGCUCAGCGCCUAUGAUCCCAAUAUGCCCGUCUACUUUGGUUAUCAGCUCAGACGUUACAAUGUGAGUUAUAUGUCUGGCGGUGCCUCUUAUGUGCUCAGUCGCGAGGCGCUGCGUCGCUUUAUGAAUGAGGCCUACGACUCGGAUAAGAUUUGUCCGGAAGCUAAGAAGAUGGGCAUUGAGGACUUCUACAUGGGCAUAUGCUUGCAAAAUGUGGGCGUACAUUUGAUAGACUCCAGUCAUGCCCUGCCCAACGAUGAGCGACCAAAGUUCUUUCCGCUGGAUGUCGUGAAUUAUGUAUACAAUGCUAAUGGCAGCAUUCCAGAUUGGCUGCAAGAGAUGAGUGUCUCGCAGAUAUUAGCCGGCAGCGAUUGCUGUUCAAAUUACUCGAUAGCCUUUCACUAUACCAAACCGGAGCGCAUGUAUCUAUAUGAAUUUGUGCUUUAUCAAUUGCGGGUCUUUGGACGCAAGUACGAGGAGCAGCUGCCAAGAAGGUUCACAUUUACCGAAAUGUUGGAAAUGUUUCCCAUCGAAAACAACUCGCAGAUCAAAGACUUGUCACAAAUGCAAGAGAGGCCGGAUAAUUUUUAAUUUCUUUAAGUAAUAUAUAAUUAUUU